AUGGUGACAGCAGGAGGCAGUAGUGGCGGCGGUGGCCCCGGUGGAGGUGGCGGUGUAGGCGGUGGUACCGUUGGUACCACUUCUUUGUUUGUAGAGUGGCUACAGAAGGUGGCUGCGGAUGCCGCGAGCAGUGGGCACGGUACUCCCGUAGAGGCAGGAAAAAUUACCGCAGAAAUGCAGAAGAGUUUGGGAGCAGCAUGGGAAGAAUUGAAAAGUUCGUUGGGGAGGCAGGAGUCCUUCGAAAUAAAUGAGCUCUGUACUCAGGGAGUACAGUGGGCGACGAACCCAUGGGAAAGGCAGUAUAAAGAAAUAUUAUGUGAAGCUAUAUUAGAAAUAAAAUACUUCAUGAAUGGAGUAGGAACGAAGAGGACGACAGCGAUGAAGAAGGAUGCUGUCACCAUUGAGCAACUGACCGAGGGCAAAGCUUAUUCACGUUGUACCGUGGGCACCGUCGCUUUAGCCACAAUCUACGGAGAUCAUUGUAAAUUGAAGGAGGUCAUGCAGAAAAUUGAACAGGAAAUAGAGCCCCAAGUGAAAGGAAAAUUAGAGGGACACUUGAGCAAGAAUGCACAGAACCUCCGGAGCCAAUUGGAUAUAUGUGAAGGAAAAGUGGAUGAGAUAGGCUUAAUGCUCGCUAAAGCACUUCUCCAGGACAGAAUUAGGAAUUGGGCCCAGGACGACAGGAAGAAGGGGGAAAUGAAGAGGGUGCAAAAAAGCGGGGAAGAUGGGAAAUGGAGGGUGGGGGGAACUUUGUGGUUGGAUUGGGGACAGGUCUGUAAGGACGGGGGGAAGGACGACGAAGAAAAGAAGAAGAAUUAUUUAGAACAGAAUAAAGCAGAUAUGGUAUCCUUCGCAGGGCUAAAGAAGAACGACAGUGACCCUGAAAAUGAUCAAUCAUCCACCUUAGGAGACAUACUAACGAAGCCGGAGUUAUCUCUGAAGGAGGACAUCAUAAGACAAGCACUUACAGCAGCACUCUCGAAUGGAACUCCUUUUAACGCAGAAACUCUAACCAAGACGUUAAACGAGGAAACUAAUAAAAAGUUAGCGGAAAAUUGCAUCCAGAAGAACAGCGGAGACGGCAAAUUAUGUUAUCGCUUAGAUUGCAUGAAACAACUAUGGGACAAUAAAGGGGGACAGACGCCUAAUGCGGAGGCCCUGUGGGAGGACGUCCGAACUCAAGCCACCGACCUCGUCACAAACGUAUCUAACAAUGUGGGGAGCGACAGCGAUGCAGACACUCUGUGCAAGGACGUUACAUGCCCAAAUGAUAAUGCAGCGGAUUGUGUGAGCAAAACAACAUGCAACAUUAUGAUUAAAGCAUUGAAAGAGGUACAUAAAAAUGGGAAAGGAGGCCCAGAGAAUUAUCAAAUAUUCCGUCCUACCUUUCGUUGUGUAAUAUUGAAUGCAUUGGCAGAGAAAUUAAAGGAACGGGCGUACAAGGGUGGUUAUGCUUGUGCUGUAGAGGAAGGAAUAGAAGAGGCCCUCAAGAAGGGGGAGGAUAGGAGUAAUCUCGAUAAGUGGUGUAAUGGGAAUGGUAAAGGGAAUAGUUCCUGUCAGCCAUGUGGAAAGCAGCAUCGGGUGUGCACAGGUUCCAAAAUUGGGGGAAAGAACCCGUUGGAGGAAGUAAGGAAGGAGUUAGACAACCCCACCAACAGCACCAACAUACAGAAAACAUUAUCCACAAUAGAAGGGAAGGUCACUUUAUGUGAUCGUAUGAAUUGUAUAAUCAAACAAUUAAAACCAGCGGACCCAUCCAACCCACAGAAUGCAAGCACCAUCAGCGCGGAAAAAUUCUGGACGGAAGAUGUUAAGAAAUUGUGGAAUGAAUUGGCAGGAGCAAUGAAGGACAGUAAUUGGAACGGAAGAGGAAAUGGAUGUGAUCAAUUGAAAGGUGCAACACCGUCUGAACAGACGGCAUGCAAUUAUUUGCAUGCCGGGUUCAGCAAACUGAAGGAUAUUACUGCGUCCAUAGAGACUGACGGCACUAAAUACCUCACCCUGAGUAAAGACUCAUCGUUUGUUCAAACUAUGGGUUGUUUCUUACUUCACGCUUAUGCAAAACAUAUACAAAAGGAAUCCAUUUGUGAUAUUGAAAAUGGAAUAAAGGAAGCUUUCAAGUCAUGGGGUCCAAUUACUAAGGACAAUUGCACGAACGGUAGUUCGUGCAUUCAAUGUAAAUGGGAGGAUAAGGACUAUGACAACUGCAAAAUUAGCACAAAUGUAGGCACAACGAGAACGGAAGUAAAGGGGAAAUUGGAAGAAAUUGUCAAUAAGGACAGGGACUCCAACAUAACACAAAUGCUAACUGAAAUAAAUGAAAUGACUUCUUUAUGUGACCAUAUGAAAUGUAUAGCAUCCCACCUAAAUUCCUCUACCAGACAAGGACAAACGACUAAUGCGGACGAAUUCUGGGGGGAGGCUGGCGAUGUUAAGAACUUGUGGAAAGAAUUGGUAGAGGAAAUGACAAAGAAAGGCAAUGUAAACGGAAACGUAAAUGGACAUUGUAAUGGAUUGGAUAAUCCAUCUGCGACAGCGGCAUGCAAUUAUUUGCAUGCCGGUCUUAAAUACUUAGAGGAAAAUUCAACAUCUAAAGGAAAAGACGGUAAAAUCUUGGAUAAGGACCCAUCGUUUAGACAAACGAUGGGUUGUUUUUUACUUCAUUCUUAUGCAGAACAUAUGAAAGAAAAAUCUACUUGUGUUAUUACUGCUGGUAUAAAACAGGCAUUUGAAACUGCUGGUAAGAUUGGUAAUAAUGUCUCUUGCCAAUGGAAAGGGACCGACUAUGAAAGUUGCACAAUUAAAACAAAUGGAGGCACUGGCACCACAGAACAGACGGCAGUAAAGCCCAAAGUGAAAAAAAUUAUCGAAGGCAAUGACCCAAACACUGAGCCCAUCAUAAAGAACAUAAAUAAAAUGAAGACUUUAUGUGAUGGUUUAAAAUGUAUAGCAUCCCACUUAAAUUCACCUAGCUCACAACAGAAUUUUCCGAAUGUGAAGGACUUUUGGGAGAAGACUGGUGAAGUAGGACAACUAUGGCAAAAAUUGUCGGAAGAAAUUGCACAAAGUGGGGACAAUGACAACGGAGGUCACUGUAAUACAGUGGAUGAUAAUGGCAGUGCCACUGGUGUUCCUGGCAGAACACCCACCACCCCUGAAAGGAAGGCCUGCCAAUAUCUUUCAUUAGGUUUCAACAAACUGAAGGAUCUUUCCAAGCCCCCAACGUCUAAGGGCACUGACGGUAAAAUCCUGUCUAAGGACCCAUCGUUUGUCCAAACGGUGGGUUGUAUACUUCUUAAAGAAUAUGCAAAACAAAUGCAAAGUACAUCAAACUGUGUCAUUGAUUCUGGUAUAGAGAAGGCAUUCAGGGCAUGGAACGAAAAAAAAGGACCUUCUUGCACGAACGGUAGUCCGUGCAUUGAAUGUGAAUGGAAUGAAUCUGACUAUGGAAGUUGCCAAAUUACCACAAAUGGCACAUCUGGCAGCACAACACAAACGGCAGUAAAGGACAAAUUAGAACAAGUUAAGAAAAGAAUUGUCGGCACCUUAACUACCAACAUGAGGGACAUAAACAUAACAGAUUCUUUAUGUGACAAACUCCAAUGUGCUGCAGGGAAGUGGUUCCAAAAGAAUGCAACACCGAACGGUGGUAGUGGUAAUACUACUAAUAAGAAGACUUGGUGUGACUUUUGGAAUGGCCCUGUUGAAGACGAACUGCAGAAGAUGUUCGCAGCAAUUAAGACGACUGGAGGGGACAGCCCUAAUGGUGUAUGCACCACCUUCGGGGAUGAAAAUCCACAAAGUGUCGAAAGAAAAGCAUGUAAUCAUAUCACAGCAGGUUUAGACUACAUUAAUGGCAUUACAAGUAGUGGUAGUGGUAAUGGCAACCAACUGCUCCAACGAGCAGUUGGUUGUAUUGCUCUUAACAUGUAUGCUGAUCAAAUAAUUGCAAGGACGAAAGAUUCAUGUCCCAUUGAUGAAUCUAAAAUAAAAGAAAUGUUUGAUGAUUGGAAUGAAAAAAAUAAUUCUUUGUCUUCGCCUUCGUCUUCAUGUAAUGGUGUUGGUGGUAAUAAUAAUGUUUGUUUUAAAUGCACAAGAGAACCAAAUUUUAAUGGUUGCAAACUAAGUGUUGAUAAAAAUUUGAUUAAUACAACACCAUCAACACAAAGUGGACAAGAGUGCACAGAGACGAAAGACGAAGUUAAAGAACAAAUGGACAAUCUCCUCCUCAACGAAGACAAAAACCCAUCCCAAUCCAACACCAACUCCAUUAAAUCCAACAUAGGGACCACUUUAUCUACUAUCACCGAAAUGACCUCUUCUUUCUGUACUCAAGUCCAAUGCGCAGCAAAAAAAUACUACGUAAAAGUCAUAAACAAAAGUGGACAAAGCAGCGAUGUGAACUGGGGUGAAAUGAAGUCUGAAAUUGAGAGCGUAUUUACGAAACUUCUAGAGAAUAUGACGAAUUCUGAGAAGCAGAAAACCGUUACUGAAUACUGCAAAGACAACAAUUGGGAUAAUUUUGGCCAUAAAGAAAGGAAAACAAAUAAAGCAGCUUGUUUGCUUUUUGCUGCAGGAUUAAAACACAUUUAUGGCCGCGGUAGCGGCCACACGAUGGGCCAGUUUAAUGGCCCAUCGUUUGGACAAACGAUGGGUUGUUUAUUUCUUAAAGAAUAUGCAAAACAAUUAAAAAAAAUGGCAGAAGAUAAGAGAAAAGGAAAUAGUUGGGUACAUCCUCUUUGUGACAUAGAUGAGGGAAUAAAGCAUGCUUUUGAAAAAAGUGAAAACAUUAUGGAAGAAACAUCUAACUGCAAAAAGAAUGGUAGUACUAAUGAUUGUUUUGUGUGCAAACAAAACGAAGUUUAUGAUAAUUGCAAAAUUGGCAAUGACGAUAUAGGAAGUAAAUCUAAUGAAUUGUUCAAAGAUCCGACGAAGCAAAACCAAAUGCAACAAACAUUAGAGAAUACAGUCUGUCCCAUCCUUCUUACGGAUCUCCUUACCCCUUUUCUUCCUUUGGCUCCUGUCUCUAUUGGCCUUUCUGCUAUGGCUUAUUACCUUUGGAAGUAUUUUGGUCCUCUUGGUAAAGGAGGAGCACGUUUCAGAAGAUCUCCUACUGAAAUUCCUGGUCCAUCAGUACAGGAACAAGUCCUCGAUCAUGUGCAGCAAGAUAGUUCACAUGAAUAUCAAUUGGUGAAGGAACGAAAACCUCGUUCUACUCCAACAAGAACAAAACGUUCUGGUCGCGUGAAUCGUCGCACGAUUAUUGAAAUUCAUUUUGAAGUGCUGGAUGAAUGUCAAAAAGGGGACACACAAUUGAACCAGAAGGAUUUCCUGGAACUUUUGGUUCAAGAGUUUAUGGGAUCGGAAUUUAUGGAAGAACAGGUUCCUAAGGAAGAUGUUCUUAUGGAAGGUGUUCCUUUGGAACUUGUUCCUAUUGAAAACGUUCCAAGUUUAGGUUCCGAGCUUAUGGUUUAG